AUCAAUGCUCCUACGUCUCAGUCCUUCUUGAACUAUUUGCUGCUGGCGCUAUUUUAUGGCGGUUUUUUGAUCUACAGGAGGAAACCUCUGCAGGACAGUUCAAUUCCUGAAAGUAGGUGUUUCAGCAGAACAGAGAAAUUUGGUCAUCUCAAGGGAGGCGUUAAAAAGUGCAGUUGUUAUUGAUUAUUUCAGAAUCAGGGCUAAACUGCAGAAACUGACUAAUUGAUUUUACUACUCUACUAUUUCCAACUUGAGGCACCUUUUGACCUUUUUUCUUAGAUAAACACUCAGAGUUUCGACGUCUGUGUAUGAAGAAAUAACCUAACAUUGUUUCCCUUUAGAUAAAUAUUGAGUUCCAACAUCUGUGUAUGAAUCGAAAGAAAUAAUCUAACAUUGUUUAGCAUUACACAAAGCAUUAUUUGAGAGCCAUAGAUACUUUUCUGGAGAUUAUGUUGAUGAAAGAUAAAUGAGUACUAGUAUUUAUGUGCAGUUGGAGGUAGUACCUUGAUGACAUUUUAAAUAUAGCACUAGGCAUUUAUUUGUAGUUCUGGUAGAAUUGGAGGCAGUUUAUUUGCUUAUAUCAGAGGGAUGCAAUAUAGGAGCACUUUUCCUUCGCCAUAAACUUUUGACGUGUGUAAGUACUUUGUUCAAAUGGGGAAAGGGGUAAAACUUGUUCACAUAUUCAUUGUUAAAUUUUGAUUCCUUAUUUCCUUCCAGGUCACAGUACUGACAAAUGAGGAAUAAUUUACAUCUUCUGGAAUCUAUCCUUUUGUUUACUGUCUCCUACCAGACAACCAAACAGAAUAAUGAAGACUUUAUCCUCCUACAAGAGACUUUCUUCCCCCCUCAGAAUUGAUUCUUCAAGAAGAUAGUUAUUCCUUGCAUAUGCUUCUUCUCUUCUUAAUGUCUUUUAAAUUUAUAUUUUUGUAAAUUAAUGUUCCUGCCACCAUCAAUCUCGUGAAAAAUGGGCAUAUACAAGUUCAAUUGUUCCAUUAUUUAUUACGCAAUCAGCAAAUUGGUGAUGUUUUAUGAUUGAUACUUGAGGUUGUUGUUGAGCCAUUUUUAUCGUCAUAUAAUCUACUGCACAUCUGACCUAAUCUUAAUGGAAAUAUGCUUGAUGAAGACGACACGGACACUGAACAAAUGCGUUGGUAUUACUACCUUUUGCUUUCUGUUGUUGAUGUCGAGGCCAAUUUUCUUGUGGUGAAGGCUUAUCAGUACACAUCUUUGACAAGUGUCAUGCUUCUGGACUGUUGGUCGAUUCCAUCUGUGAUAUUCCUGACAUGGCUCUUCUUGAAGACAAAAUACAGACUGAGGAAGUUUGCUGGUGUAGCCAUCUGCGUUGCUGGACUUGUUUUAGUUGUAUUUUCUGAUGUACAUUCAAAUGACCGUGGAGGAGGUCCCAAGCCCUUGAAAGGAGAUAUGCUCGUGAUUGGUGGAUCGAUGCUUUAUGCAAUUAGUAAUGUUAGUGAGGAAUUCCUGGUGAAGAACGGGGAUAGGGUCGAGUUAAUGGCAAUGCUUGGCAUAUUUGGAGCUGUUGUUAGUGGUUGUCAAAUAAGCUUUCUUGAGAGAAAUGAGCUUAGAUCUGUCCACUGGACAACUGGUGCGGUGCUACCAUUUGUUGGAUUUGCACUCGCAAUGUUUCUGUUCUACUCUACGGUUCCCGUCAUACUAAAGAUAAGUGGAUCAACCAUGCUCAAUCUUUCACUUCUAACUUCUGACAUGUGGGCUGUCCUAAUUCGCAUAUUCGCAUAUCACGAAAAGGUCGACUGGAUGUACUUCAUCGCUUUUGGGGCUGUUGCAGUGGGGCUUGUGGUUUAUUCUGGAGGCGAUAAAGACCAAGGUGAGAGUACCCUGCAUGUAUCCGAGAUUAGCCAUGAAGUAGAAAAGGAAAUGGAUGAGGAGGCAGCCAUCAGGGAUCCAGCCCGAGGAUCCUCUACGGUAGUCGAGAACAUAAACUCAAGUACUGGGAAUGGUAAAUAUCCCAUUACAGUAGAGAAAUAGGUGGACCGAAUAAUAAAGACGACGCGACAAAUACAGAAUACAAUCAUGUAAAAGACCUUGAUAAUGCUUUGUUGAUGGUGAAUGAUGACAGAGGCGGUGGCAGAAUUUUUGAAGAGAGAGUAUGGGGAAAUGUUUUCAGCCUCAGUAACAAGAAGUAUAGCCUGUUUGAUAUCUAUUAUAGUAAUUGCUAGCAAUUCAGCGAUUUUGAUUUAUGAUACAGAAUUUAUGUAACUUUAGACAAUGGACUAAAUAUAUAAUUGCUGCCAAUAUUUUUGGUUCAUGUAA